UGCACAGAGCUCUUUUGCAGGCCAUAUAUGAUGCUAUCACUACUGUGCUGUGUUCUGCUGCUCUUUCUGAGUCAGGGUGCUGAUAGCAGGCAGAAGCAGUGGGAAGCGACGGGCCUGGUGGAGAGGAGGCAGUUCUGUAGCUGGCCGUGUAAAUGUGGCACCCGGCCGCAGUGUGCCCCUGGUGUCAGCUCCAUCUUGGAUGGCUGCGGCUGCUGCAAAACCUGUGCACAGCAGAUUGGGGAAUCAUGCAACGAAAGGGAUGUUUGUGACCCUCACAAAAGCAUGUACUGUGACUUUUCCAAAGACCAGCCACGUUAUGAAAUUGGCAUCUGUGCUUACAUGAUGGGGGUUGGUUGUGACCUGAAUGGGGCUCACUAUGAUAACGGACACACCUUCCAACCCAGCCCACUCUACAAGUGCACUUGCAUAGCUGGAGCCAUCGGCUGCACUCCUGCCUUCAUCCAAAAGCCGGCUGGAAUGUUGAGUCCGGAUGCUCUCCAGGGCAGAUUGCCAGCAGGACUCAAGAGCAAUCAAAGCCCCAAACACCAGCAGGACACCGCCUACAGGGCCAUGUCAGCUUACAGGGAUCCUCCCUUAGCCUGGAAGAAGAACUGUUUGGUUCAGACUACACCCUGGUCACCCUGUUCACGCACCUGCGGAAUCGGCAUCUCUGUACGAGUCAACAACGACAACAGCAAGUGUGAGAUGAGAAAAGAGCGCCGACUCUGUCUGCUUCGACCAUGUGAUAAAAAUGCUCUAAAGGGACUUAAGAUACCAAGAGGUAAAACCUGCAGACCGAAAUUCCAGGCCAGUAAAGCAGAGAAGCUCUCGCUGUCUGGUUGUACCAGUGUUAAGAAGCACCGCCCGACAUACUGCGGCAACUGCACAGACAAGCGCUGCUGCGUUCCCAAUAAGUCCAAAAUGGUAAACAUAGAGUUCCACUGCAAAGGGGGAUCUAACGUACGCUGGAAGAUGCAGUGGAUCACUUCCUGUGUAUGUCAGAGGAAGUGUAAUGAUGCUAAUGACAUGUUUUCAGAGCUACACUUAAUAUAAAAUAGACAGAGGAAGUACACGAUGCUGCAUGUUAUCUAUAGCAUUUGGCCAGAAAUGCUCUGUGCAAGUAUAUGAACAAUGACAUGUAACUUGUCAACACACUCCAAUUUUACAUACAUGUAGUAAAUACUAUCUGUUCAGGCGCUAUUGCCUCAGAAUAAUUAACCUCAGAACUUGAAUAAGACAGAGUUACAUUCAACUGUCUAUGCCAUUGAUCUGAUGGUGUUGUUAUUCAGGUAGCUUUAUGCUUUUAUAAAAUCUAAUGGCAAAGUUCAAACUGAUGUUUUACAAUGAGUAGUUGAAUUCGAAAAGGACAGACAAAAGUUGAAUCCUGAAUGACACAUUAAUUACUGUGCACAUAUACACUAUGACUAUGUACUUAACUGGGUAGCCGAUUCAUUUUAUUUUAGUGUAUGAAGAUUAUUUUGUCCUUCAUAUUGUCUGAUAGCCCCUUUUCCUCUGCUAUGUAAUUAAAGCUGUGACAACUGAA